AUGGAAAGUACGUUGACACGACCUCGCAGUCCAGAGAUUGUCAUUGAAGAGGACACGAUCAUGCCCCAGUUUUUAUCAAAAGAGCCACUCGAGUCGGUGAUGCCUCGUCUGUUUUCACCAGCCGAGGACACUACAGACAGCUUGCAGACGACUCAACGCCACCUACAGGAUUCGUCUAGUGACGAUUCUGAUGAACUAAGUACAUCGGAAAACAAAGAUUCUGUGGUUGAAAUGGGAAAAGACUUGGACUUCAGUCUAAACAUGACCUCUGACCCCAGCUUGUUUUCUACGCCGUUUCCGAAACGAAAUACAAAGGAAACAGAAAGUGGUAUGUCUUACGAUAUCUCCGUGCAGGAGUUAGAUGCUAUUGAGUCAGAUAAGAAGAAAAGUUUGCAUUCUUCUGGAGACCCUAAAGGGGGAAUAGCCUAUGUGAUUAGGGACGAUGUCGUGAGUGGUGUUCAGAGGACAAUAAAUUACGAUCACAAUACCGUGUCUAAAUCAAUGUCAUAUGCGGGGACAGAGCAAUCGUCAUUGGAUCAGAAACAACGCACGGGUUCUCUGAAGGACAUCAACAAAGGGUCCGAAGAGGAGGAGAGUGAUCUCGAUUGGUCAGGAAAAAGACUUGUUCGAUCAGAAUUAUUUUCGGAUAUUCCCCAGAAUGAUUCUGUUAGUGAUUGGACCGAACAAAAGCUCGACGAUGAAGGGGAGAGUACUCUAGUGUUGCAGAGUACUUAUCAUGACAACAGUGUCACAUCCUCUGAGGAAAAUUUAAAUGACAUUGAUAACCCAAGACUUAUGAGGGCAAACAUAUUCAGGGCAAGAGAAAAUCUUGCGAACUUGUCAGAUAAUUCUGAUUCAAUGAUUCUUACUUCGGAAUCCACCAGUCACAGUGAAAGUUCUACCCCUCCCCCUCCGUACACUACAGCAAACGGGGAAAACGAUGUCGCUCUCUCCCCAGAAACAACACCUACCAAAACACCAUUCAGCCUCAGUGAUGUACAAAAUGAACAGUCCAUCAGUACCGACCUAGAGAACAAUGAGGUCAUCACAAACGUCAUCUCGUCAAAGUUUGAAGUGUCCGGUAAUGGUGGCUUUAACGUCGCUCUGAGUACCUCGCCCGAGCACGACACAGACUGCUAG